CAGAUCCAUCAGCGGUGACUAAGGACAGCUGUAUGCAGAGAAUGGCAGCAGGCGGCAGGACGACCACGAAUAUGCAGUAUACCGCAGCGUCGAUAUGCAAGUUGGGCCCGUUCAAUGGUCGCCCAGACUUGGUCAGCAUGCUGUCAACACUCCUCCCAGCUGCCCCACCACCGCGAUGAGGGGCACCCUGCACCAAUGAACCACAGCUACGUACCAAGAGGCGCACUUUUUCGCGAUGCCCUGCGUAGAUGCGUUGACCUGGAGGACAGCUUUAAAAACUUUCACGCGCCCGCCAUAGACCGCUUCUCUCCCAUCUCACUUUUACCACAAACCAUCCAUUGAAACCUCAACUCAACACCAAACACCACACACACACACCACCCAACAUGCCUCAGAGAAUCCCAGAAGCCGAGAGCUUGAAGGAGCUCCUCUCCCUCAAGGGAAAGGUCGUCGUCGUCACCGGUGCAUCCGGCCCCAAGGGUAUGGGUAUCGAGGCUGCUCGCGGAGCUGCUGAGAUGGGCGCCGACCUCGCCAUCACAUACGCCUCCCGCCCCGAGGGUGGUGAGAAGAACGCAAAAGAGCUGUCGGAGAAGUACGGCGUCAAGGUCAAGGCCUACAAGUGCCAGGUCGACAAGUACGAGUCCGUUGAGAAGCUUGUCAAGGAUGUCAUCGCCGACUUUGGCAAGAUCGACGCCUUUGUCGCCAACGCUGGUGCCACCGCCAACAGCGGCAUCCUCGACGGCUCCGUUGAGGACUGGAACCACGUCGUCCAGGUCGACUUGACUGGUACUUUCCACUGCGCCAAGGCUGUCGGCCACCACUUCAAGGAGCGAGGAACCGGUUCCUUCGUCAUCACCUCUUCCAUGUCCGGCCACAUCGCCAACUUCCCACAAGAACAGACCUCAUACAACGUCGCCAAGGCUGGCUGCAUCCACAUGGCCCGCUCGCUCGCCAACGAGUGGCGCGACUUUGCCCGUGUCAACUCCAUCUCGCCUGGUUACAUCGACACUGGUCUCUCCGACUUCGUGCCAAAGGAGACUCAGAAGCUCUGGCACUCUAUGAUCCCAAUGGGCCGUGACGGUCUCGCCAAGGAGCUCAAGGCCGCUUAUGUCUACUUCAUCUCCGAUGCCUCCACCUACACAACCGGUGCCGACCUCAUCAUUGACGGUGGUUACACUUGCCGAUAAAUGCACAACACGAUGUUUACGAGACACGAGACGAAAGAAAAAAAGGCAAUAGUUUGAUCAUUGCGGUGUCGUGACGAGCAUACCGACACGCUGCAUGGCGGAUGAGCUGGUAAUUAUACCGUUCCACGGGCAAGCAACGUGGAAAUUAUGUAUCGUAGUUACACAUCUUCAAUUGUAUGCUACGUUCAUGGACGAGACCUGUCUCAAAUUUUCAACGCUGCCAAAACGUGUUCACAGCCGUGAGGGCCGGUGAUCGUGAUCUGACUGAAUCGCACGAUCACAACACAUGAGGUCGAGCAUCGCUCCACUACGUAUUGACCACCAACCCACACUCACAUACUGACCGAUGUUUUCCCACGAUGUGAUGUCACGAACUCAAGCCCGAACGAGAGCUGAGGACAUACGCGGGGAUCAUGAAACUGGACGACAAGUUCCUUUUGCUAUGCAAGACGCUUUCGAUGGAAUCAUGCUAAAGCCAGUUCCAUUCGAACUCAGCGAUGCUGUGUCCUCAGUAUGCCGAUUUCCGCAUGGCCAUCAUUGUUCUUUGAUAGCAAUUCGACUCAACGCGGGGCAAUGAUGAUUUUUCCGAAAACUU